AUGCGUGCCUAUGUGAUCGAGAAUGCUGAUUUAUGGAAAAUGAUUAUUCCCACAAAUGUAAGCUGGUGCUUCAAGUACAUUUUGAAAAUCAAGACUAAUGUCUUUCACCUCUUUGCUAGCCCGAUUCAUAGCCUGAGUGUAAGAAGUAUUCGGGAAGACAUGCACAUUAGUCCUCCCAAGGUCUCUUGGAAACAUCUAGUCUGGUUCCCUGGCCGUAUUCCUAAACACAACAUCAUAGUGUGGAUGGCUAUUCUUAACCGACUCCCUACUCCGGUUAGACUUCUAAUAAUGGGUUUAAAUAUUGAGAACGAUAAAUGUCUAUUGUGUGGUAUUGAGGCAGAGUGUAGAGACCAUUUGUUCUUUGGCUGUAAUUUUGCAAAAGGCUUAUGGGGAGCUAUUCUUGCUUUAUGUGGUCAUGUUUAUGGCAUUUGGAAGGAAAGAAACAACAGACUUUAUGGAGGUAGAGCUCGGCCAGUGCAUGCGUUAAUGCAGGAUAUCAAAGAAGUUCGGAUCCGGAUGGAGGGAAACACUAUCAGUAGAGCCGACCCAAGAAAUGCAACUCUUUGUGUUAGUUGGGGCUGUAAAGUGUAG